AUAGAGAUUCAGAAUAAUAGUAUACAACUUCUUCUUCUUCCUCUUAUUUCCGCUCUCUUCUUGAUCUGAGAUCACUGUUCUUGUUUCCACACUGCGUGAGGCGGACCUCUUCGUUCCUGUGAGGUAGAGCUUCCCUAUUCGGAAUCGCUGGUUCGCGUAGAGUAGAGCUUCGAGCGAGUCAAUUGUCAUUGCCUGUCUAGGGUUUGCUUUUCCUCUUCUGCAUUUAUUCGUUGCUGUUCUGCUUCUCGUGAAGUAGAGUUCUGAAAGAGUCCAAGCUUCUCCGCCUCCUCCUUCAACUUUGUUUCUGUCGGACGGAAGUGGCGCCGGGAGCUCGCCGCGAAGUUGUUACCAUAAAUUUGCUGGGCAUCUUAAUCAGUUCAACCUGAACUUUUCAUCUGAAAAAAUUGUGUUGAUGGGUGAUAAUAUGCAUAUAGAAGCUCAAGGGAUGAAGAAGAGGAGCUUUUCAGAUGGAAAACUCAGCCCUUCAUCUCCAAGACUCAAGGAGAAGACGAAUAUCUAUUGCCAAGAAUCUGUAAAUGAGGCGGAGGAGGCUGAGGAAAAGAUAAUGCAAUUUGAUGAUGCCGCUGGGAAAUCAAUCAAACAGCUACAAAUGUUGACUUCCAUUAAAGAUUUUUCUGCUGUGAAUGGAAGUGAUGGUGCUGGUGUUCCUUCAAAGAAAAAUGUGCUUGAUGCGACUUCCAAUCAAGAAAACAUCAAUGAGCGUAUUGUGGAUGAUAAUGAUGAUGCUAUUUGCAGGCGUACUAGGGCUCGACACUCACUUGCAAACUACACACUUGAAGAACUAGAGACAUUCCUUCAAGAGUCAGAUGAUGAUGAUGACCUUCGUAAUGUUGACGAGGAAGAAGAAUACCACAAAUUUCUUGCUGCUGUUCUUAUGGAAGGAGAUGGAAAUGAGCAAGCAGGUCAAGGAGAGAGAACUUUUGAUGAAGAUGAAGAAAAUGAUGCUGACUUUGAAGUUGAACUUGAAGAAGCACUUGAGAGUGAUGUUGAGGAAACCACUGGCUGCAACACAGAACAUAGCGAAAAGCAGUAUGGAGGGGCUCAUGUACCAGAGACCAGGCAAAAGAAACGGCUAAAGGAGUUUGCAAAAAGCAAGAAGUUUCUGUUGGGACAAUCUAAGGCCACAUUACGUCCUAUAUUGCCAUAUGUUUCCAAUUUACAGAGACCUCAUUUUCCUUCUUUUGCAUGGAAAAUGUCUUCACCUAAUUCUUUUUCUCAUUGCUCUGCAUCUGUUUCUGGUACUGAACUUAUCAAUGGGUUUACAGCUUGCCAAAUCGGACAGCUUUACUGUUUAAUACAUGAACAUGUUCAACUUCUUCUCCAAGUUUUCUCCGUUUGUGUUCUUGAUCCUUCCAGACAGCAAGUUGCCAAUGACUUGCGGAGGUUGAUAUCAGAAAUGAUUGAAAGACAUGAAAUGUCACGGUCCUGGAGGAAGAUUUCUUAUCCUCCGUUAUGUUUUCAUCCUUCAAAUUUUCAUUCAUCCGUACAAGUUGAUUCAAACCAAAGUGCUAGUUGUUACUGGACACCUGUAAUUGAUAAUAACACUGUUUUAUCGAUUCUUGAUCUAGCUCCACUUCGGCUUGCUAAGAAUUACUUGGCCGAUGUUAAAGAAAGUUGGUCCUCUUUUUUCCCUACCAAUGCAGCCUCUCUAGUAGAUAAUGCAGGCAGCAACUUUCCAGGAGAAUCUACUUCAACAUUGACAUCCGUUUUAUCUAGUUCAUCUUGUCCACUCCAAUCUGGUCAACAGCAGCCUAAGAAAUCACUGGCUGCUACGCUUAUGGAGAGUACCAUGAAACAGUCGGUUGCUCUUGUUCCUGCUGAUAUUGCUAAGUUGGCACAGAGGUUUCUUCAUUUAUUUAAUGCAGCACUUUUUCCUCAUAAGCCUCCAACACCAGCUGUUGCAAGUCGUGUGCUAUUCACAGAUGCAGAAGAUGGUUUGUUAGCAAUGGGAAUAAUGGAGCACAACAAUGAUUGGUUGGCAAUACAACAACACUUUCUUCCGUGUAAAUCUACGCAUCAGAUUUUUGUCAGACAGAAGAACCGCAGCUCUUCAAAAGCUUCUGAAAAUCCAAUAAAAACAGUAAGGCGCAUGAAAUCCUCCCCUUUGACAGAACAUGAGAAGGCACUUAUCGACAAGGGAUUACGAAUCUUUAAGAAUAAUUGGCUAUCUGUAUGGGAAAAUUGUGUCCCCCAUAGAGAUCCGUCAAUGCUAGCACGACAAUGGCGCAUUGCUACUGGAACCCAGAAAUCAUAUAAAAAAACAGAGGUUGUUAAGGAGAAGAGGCGUCUAUAUGAAGCUAAAAGAAGAAGAUUGAAAGCGUGUAUGGCUGAUCAAGAAAAUUCAGAAAAGGAGGUCAAUUAUAGAGGUAACAGUGAGGGUGACAUGGAUUGUGAAGAUGAAGCUUAUGUUCAUGAAGCCUUUCUAGUAGAUUUGGAGGCUGGAAGUUCUAAAAACAUGGUUCACAGCGGCCGUCUUUCAUGCAUUAACAAUAGUAACAAUCAAGCAAUUCGGUUGAUGCAAUAUAGAGGCAGCGGUAAUGGUGUAAACUGUGACUCUAUUACAAAUGAUUAUGAAGAAUCACAACUUGAAACUGGAACUAAGAAUGUGCUUUUGAAUUCUUCAAAAUUACCAAAAGAUGCAAAUUGUUUGCAUCAAUUUUCCCAGAUUGGAUAUGAUGCAUCUUACAGUAUUUCUUCAAGGCAUCUUUCUUCAAGUUUCAUUUCAAGAACUUCCGGAGGUCGUUUAUUGACACAUUCCUAUCGAGCUAGGAAGAGAAAAGAACUCCGAAUAGUAAAGCUAGCUCCUGAUUUCCCCCCCGUGAACCUUCCUCCAUCUGGUCGUGUGAUCUCUCAGUCAGCUUUCAAAAUUUAUCAUGGCGAGUCAAUGCAUUCUGAUGUAAAUGACAAGGUGCUGAAGGAUCAUGCUCUUAGGGUUGCUCAUGUAGCAGAAGCAGGUGUAAAUGUGUUGAAUCUUAUAGAAAAUACUUUCAAGCUUUCAGAUAAUCAUCCAAAUAAUUUUCAUUCAGAUGGAAGCAACCUUGCAGAUCAGAUGAAAGAGAAUGGUUCUGAAUCUAAUGUCCAGUUGCACCCAUUACUGUUCCAGAACCCAUCUCCUUUCUCAUUUAAUUGUCAAAACACUGCUCCAAGCUCCAAUGAUUUGCUCAUUGGGUCUCAGUGCUCAAUCAAUACUGUUAGCACUGCAGCUCCUGACAAUUCAAGGCGAGGAUUAGGUCUUCCGAGAAUUUCGAGUACUAUUGAUUUUCAUCCUCUUCUUAAAAGAUGUGGGAGUAAUAGUGAUGUCCCUAUCACAUUUGAUCUGCUAUCUGCUGAUUUAAGAGCCCCACAUGAAACUGGUGCUGUUCAGUUAGUAACUGGUGCAUCAUCUCGAUGUCAGUGUGAUGGAAUGAGUAAGAUUGACUUAAAUAUUCACUUAUCUUCUACAAUGGACAUGCAAAGGUCUGUUGAAGUAUGUGAUAAUCAGAAUGUUGAGCUACAUGCAUCUACACCUGAGGAAAGAAUAGCCGAGACAAUUGUGCAAGCAAAUUUGAAACCUUCUGACGCUAGAGACAAAGAACUUGAGGCUUCAAGGGAAACAAAUUUAUUGGUUCAUUCAGCUUUAUUCUAUUCAAAAGAUGGAUUUGGCCUAAAAAAAACACCUCAAAGGCAUAAUUUUUCAUGCCACCAAAGCAUAGAAGACUUUCAUGAAGUGUCUAACCCAGGAAUUAUAAUGGAGCAAGAAGAAUUAAGUGAUUCUGAAGAUGAAAGUGAAAAUGUGGUUUUUGAAUGUGAAGAUUUAGAGGACUCCGAAGAAGAAGAAUUUUUUGGCGACCCACCUAUACAAAUCCAUAAUAAGCAGGUUCCAUGUUUCUCUAGCAAGGAUGAUGAAUUCCAAGUUGCUCGAGGUCUUCAUCAACUGCAGCAAUCAAACUCAGUAUUACAUGCUUCUGUUAAGAGAGGAAAAGGUUGUAGAGGCGCCGUGAAUGUGUCUCAUGGUUUUCAGCAUACAAAACUCACAAGGUGAAAGAAUGAAAAUGGCAGUACAAAAGGAGGCAAAUCCUGUAGAAGUUCUCUCAUUGCUUCUGCGCCCUCUCCAAUCUCUUCUAAAGAAGAGAGGAGAUGAAGAAAACUUAAUAUUGCAGGAUUUAGCGUGUAACUAAUUGCAUGAGUGAGCAUUCUGUUCAGAAAAAUAAGGUCUGAUUAUAUAUUCCCUUUCUAUGAGUUUAUAGAGGCUAACUCAAGGACUAAUUUGUAAGUAAAGUAGUGGUCCUAAUUAUGUUGCAUAGAGCCAUAGGAAUUGUAGAGUCAACAACAACAACAUCAAGCCUUUAUCCCACUAAGUGGGGUCACCUACAUGAAUCCCUUUUCUUCAUUAUGUCCUGUUAAGAGUCAAAUUCUCAUUUAACUCUAAUAAAAAAAAGUUCAUUUAUAAUAUUUUCUAACCAAUUCUUUUCAUGUCUAUCUCUAUAUUUAUUAACAUAGGCCAAAACUAAUACAUUUACUCUCCUAAUUGGGUCACCGAUAUGCUGACAUUUUCUGUUAUCAAACCAUCUAAGGCGGCUCUCUUUUUUAUAUUUAUUUAGAUUUUUUUCCUGCUUGUACCAUAUAUGUUUUUUUGAUUAAUCAUGUAUUUUUCCUUCAACUAAAAUUUGAUGGCUGUAAAAUCCAUUCUGAUCAAAUUUCAAUGUUUUCCUUUUAGAAGUUACCUUUGGAUGAAUGGAAUUAAUCUGAUCGUUUCCUAUCUUUGUUAGUCCAAAGUGUCCAUGUAAAAAGAUGUCUAUAAUUCUGUAUAUGUUUAAUACAUUUAUAAUUUCAUUUCUAGUGCAACUAACUGUUAUUUUCUACAUUGUUCAUUUCAUUGUUGGGUUGCUAGUUUUUAUUGUUCUUGUUCAGUAUUUUGGCUAUAAAAUUGUAUCUGUUUCGGCUAAUUUUCAUGUGACUACUGAUCUAUGUAUGCAAUGCGCACCUAUUUUUUGGGUAUUGCAUUCAUAUUUUAUUUCUUAUCCUAAAUUGGUAUUUGUGUCUGUAGUUUGAGCUCAUGUGUGGAUAUGUUUUUUUGUAUGAUCUUUAUGUGUGCAUGCAUUUGGAUUUGUGUGUUCUUGCAUGCGCUCUCUUAAACAUGCAUAAUCUAUGUAGACUGCAUUUAUGUGGGAACCUUUGUGUAUGGAUGCACCUUAAUAUCUGUAUGCAUGAGUGUUUGUGUACCUUUGCAUGCACACACUUAAACAUUUAUAAUCCUCAUCCAAUCAAAUUAAAAAUGCCCAAUGAAGAUAAUAAUCACUUGAAGCAAAUAUAGACAGAUAAAAGCUAAAAUUGUAAUAGUGUUGAGUGGCCGGCCAACCCAUCUAUUAACAGCCGCGACCCAAAAAGGGGCUGUGCGUUUCGCGAACAGAGCGACGGGCAGACGACGGCUUCGUGCAGGAGAGCGAGGAAGUGCUAAAUUGGGAGAAAUUGCAACGAACAAGAGGAACGAUCGAGAGGGAGAAGGAAGGAG